CCUUUUGGGUCUCUGUCUCAUCCCCUUCUCCAGCGACCCUGGCCAUGGACCAGCCAGCUGGCCUGCAGGUGGACUACGUCUUCCGGGGUGUGGAGCAUGCCGUGCGGGUGGUGGUGUCUGGGCAGGUGCUAGAGCUGGAGGUGGAGGACCGGAUGACAGCCGACCAGUGGCGGGGCGAGUUCGAUGCCAGCUUCAUCGAAGAUUUGACUCACAAGACAGGGAACUUCAAACAGUUCAACAUCUUCUGUAACAUGCUGGAGUCAGCCCUCACCCAGAGCAGUGAGUCGGUCACCCUUGACUUGCUGACCUACACAGACCUGGAGUCCCUGCGGAACCGCAAGAUGGGGGGCCGCCCAGGCCCUUUGGCCUCGAGGUCGGCCCAGCUUAACUCCAAGCGCUACCUGAUCCUCAUCUACUCCGUGGAGUUUGACAGGUUGGGUACCACUAGUCAGGUUGUGAAUGGGGCAGUGAAGCUGCGCGGUUACUCCACGUGUUCCGCUGCUGCCUCCAACGCCUUGCCUUGUGUGUAUAUCUUUUUCUCAAGGAAUGAUUUUGAACUGAGUAGUGACCUGAUCGGAUUUGCAUUUGAAAGAGUCCUCUGGAGGGAGGCAGUGAGACCCGCCUGGGGCCAGGUCCUCAGGGCUAGCUACGCUUUGAGGGUGUCUCGCCUGGCGUCUGAGAAGCACGAACUGGAGGCCCAGUUGGGCCGAUCGCGCGAGGAGGCGCUGGCCGGGCGGGCGGCGCGUCAGGAGGCUGAGGCGCUGCGUGGGUUAGUGCACGACCUGGAGCUGGAGCUGCGGCAAGAGCGCGGCCUGGGGCACCGCGGGGCCCGCCGCCGCAGCAGCCAGGACUGCCGCCGCCUGGCAAAGGAGCUAGAGGAGGUGAAGGCAUCGGAGCGGAGCCUGCGCGCCCGGCUGAAAACUCUGAACAGCGAGCUAGCCGCAUACAAGAGGGGGAGACGGACUCCGCCGGUGGUGCCGCCCCCGGCCCGGGAGGACCGGGCCUUGUCAUCCCGGGAGCGCUCCACGUCGCGUGGCCGCGGUGCUGCCCGCUCUUCAUCCCGGGAGAGUGGGCGUGGGGGCCGAGCUCGAGGCCGCCCUGCCCGCCCCUCGCCCUCACCCACAGGUGGUCGCGUGCCCCGUUUCGACCCCACAGCCUUUGUGAAAGCCAAGGAGAAGAAGCAGAGAGAGAUCAAGAUGAAGCAGCAGCAGCAGCAGCAGCAGCAGCGGAAUCGAUUGGGGAGUGGAGGAAGCGGGGACGGCCCGUCCAUCUCCUGGGCUCGCCAGACUCGGCGUCCCGCUGCCGUGACCGGCAGAGGGGAUGCGGCUAACCGCUCCCGAAACCGCAGCUCCUCUGUGGACAGUUUCCGCAGCCGCUGCUCGUCAGCCAGCUCCUGCAGCGAGUUCGAGGAUUUCUCUGAAUCCCUCGCUAGAGGCGUUCUUCGCCACCGCGGGAAGCCUCCAAGCCCCACAAGCUGGAGUGGGUCGAACGCGCUGCAGAAGCUCACCCCUGUGGAACGUGGCCGCCAUCAGAGACACUUGGCUAAUUCGGGGGGCUGGGUCCCCAUCAAAGAGUACAGCUCCGACCACCAGGCGGCCGACAUGGCUGAAAUAGACGCCCGUUUGAAGGCCUUGCAGGAAUACAUGAACCAACUGGACACGCGGUCGUGACCUUGGAGAUGGAGCACUGUCUCUCCAUCCCCUACCCACUGCUGGAUUUGGGCUUGGGGUGGGGAGGUGGGGCCUGUGUCCUUGUAGCUUUGCCCAGGCCCCACCCCUCCUGGUGCUCUAGGGGUCUCUGACCCCUCCCACUCCCCCCAUGCAUUGCAUGCUGGGAGAGAGGGUCUGUGCAUUUUGUAAAUAAACAUAUUUGCCCUUGGGA